AUGUGGACUAUAAGUUAUGGUUCUCGGAGUAAUAAUAGGAAUGGGGUAGGCAUUUUAGUAGAUAAUGACUUAAGAGACCAGGUGGUAGGGGUUGAAAGGGUCAGUGAUAGGAUGAUGACGAUUAAGGUGGUCGUUGGAGGGUUUAUUUUCCACAUUAUUAGUGCUUAUGCGCCGCAAACGGGCUUGGGCGAGGAGGAGAAAAGACGUUUUUGGGAGGAUUUGGACGAGAUAAUGGGAGGUAUACCGCCCACUGAGAAGCUAUUCAUCGGAGGAGAUUUCAAUGGGCAUAUUGGGUCAAUUUCGGGUGGAUUUGACGAUGUGCAUGGAGGUUGUGGUUUCGGGGACAGGAACGGAGGAGGAUUUGCACUGUUGGAUUUCGCAAAAACCUUUGGGGUACAUGGUGGUAGCGAUUCGAGUUUCCGGAAGAAGGAGGAGCGCUUGGUAAUCUUUCGUAGUUCGGUGGCUAAGACGCAUAUAGACUUUUUACUCCUUAGGAAGGACGAUAAAGGUCUUUGUAAAAGAGAGGUCUUUGAUAGGGUCUCGAAGGGUAGGCAUUAUAUUUAUAGUGGUCGGACCGAUGUUCUCACAAAAAGGUGGUGGAAUGAAGAAGUUCAAGAGAAGGUGGAAGCAAAGAAGGUGGCGUAUGCGAAGUUGGUAGACAACAAGGAUGCUGAGGAGAAGCAUACGAAUAUGGAAUUGUAUAAGAUGGCGAGGAAGGAGGUAAAGUUAGCGGUUACAUCGGCAAAGACAACAACUUUUGAAUGCCUGUAUGCAGAACUAGAGGACAAAGGCGGCGAUAAGAAGUGUAUUUCUUUGUCCCAAAUAAACUUACUGAGGCGAGGGAGAGGAGUCUAA